AUGGUCCCGGAACCGGAUACAGUUAGAAUUACGGGGGCUCAGCUAGCAAAAGCUCAAAAGUUGGCAAAAGAAAAAGGUGUUCCCAUUGCUGAAGUUUCGUAUGAAUCAUUCUUGACACUACAUUGCAAGAAUGGGGAAUUCACAUAUAAGAGGACUGCCGAUAUAGUUGCGAAGGUCAAAGAGCUUGCUGCUGCUCAAGGCGAGAAUGCCAACUUGAAUGAUAUUUUUGUAAAUCAAGUUAUGGGAGGCCGUCUCGACAAAAAGAGGAGGAUGGUUGGAACCGGAGACCUCGGACCAUGCCUUGUAGAUAAUUCCUCUACCCACACUGUUGGAGGGACAAGUCAUCAAGUGGACCGCAAACUUGAAGAGAUGGAAGAAAAAUUCAAUGAAGAGCGCGAGAAGAGAAUGAAAUUAGAAGAAGAUAUGAAGAUUCUAUAUGAGAAGAUGGACCAGUUCAUGUCCCAUCAGUCCCACAACUCGAGUUAUUCUGUGCUUCAAUCUCGUAGUCAUGAUUCUGAAGAAUUAUGAGUUUGACUCU